GCGUGGGACGCGCGCCGAGCCUUUCGCUUUCUGUUUCAACGUGCACCCCAACGGAGGCGAGCCGAGGACCCCCCGGAAGAGCCGUUUCUUUACUGUGGUCAGUUGCUUCCAUAUGUACGAACUGGAUCCAGUGGCGUGAUGGAUUCUAGCACAGUAAACAGGGGAGAGGGAGACUCCGGCAUGGUAAACGGCAGCAUUCAGACCCCUGGUUCCAGUCUUGCCGGGGGCCCUCCGCUGGCCCUGGGUUCCCAGGAAGAGCUGCUUCACCAGAUGAGCAUCAUCAUCCAGGAGAACAAGGAGCUGAAAGAAGCUCUGAAGCAGGCCGAUUGCUCCACGAAGGGGCGCUUCGAAGCCCUGCUGGCCUGGAAGGAGAAACAGGAGCGCGAGACCGCCCUCAUGAGGGAGAACGAGACACUGAGAGCUCAGCUCUGUGCCCUAGAGAACACCGCUGAGCACCUGGGUUCAGAGCCUGAGGGGCUUAAGGCUUUGCUGGCACGGCUGCAGGCAGAGAAGCACGAUCUGCUGGCAAUAAACUCUGAGCUUCAGCUGAAACUGAACCAAAGCUGCCCUGAGGACCUUGUCGAGAUCCAUCUCACACAGGCGAAAGGUCCUCAGGAGUCAGGUUUGCUGAGCAGAAAAAAGGACCCUUCUGCAGUGUGCACGCCCCAGAGUGAGCCGACCAAGUCCCGCCUGGAGGGCGAGGAGAUGACGGUGAGCCGGCUGCUGCAGUCCCUCAGAGAAGAGACGGAGAAGGUGGAGAAGUUUGAGCUUGAACUCCAGGAUGCGAGACGGAGAAUUGAAGAACUUGAGCAGCAAAAAAACACAAAGGUUGAAAGUAAAACCCAGACCACGCAGCUGGUGGGGGAAAGAGGUCAUAGCCCCAUCUCAUGCAAAACGGAGGGCCAAACUGUGCAUGGGGCUUCACUGCAAGGGGCUGAGUUUCCUACAGAGGUGGAUAGCCUGAAGGUCCAAAUGAGGGCAGUCUUUCAAGACCUGCAGAGCUUGACAUCCAGGCUGGAGGACACGGAGGACAUGAAGAAGAACCUUCAUGACAAAUGCAGGGACCUAGAACAGGACCGGGUCCAACUGCGGGCCCAACUGGUUGGGAAGCAUGUGGUAGAGAAAGAGAACAAGGAGUUGAAGCUGAAGCUUGAGAAGAAGCAGCAGGAGACUGAGAAACUGAAGCAAGAGCUGAUGGAAAAGCAGCAAGAUCUGCAGGAGAAUGAGCUGUUGAAGCUGAAGCUGGUGGAGAAGCAGAAGGAGAUUGAGAAACUGAAGCAAAAGCUGAUGGAAAAGCAGCGUGAUCUGGAAGAGAAUGAGCAGUUGAAGCUGAAGCUAGUAGGGAAGCAGAAGGAGAUUGAGAAACUGAAGCAAGAGUUGAUAGACAAGCAGCAGGAUCUGGACGAGAAUGAGCAGUUGAAACUGAAACUGUUGGAGAAGCAGAAGGAGACUGAGAAACUGAAGCAAGAGGUGGUUGACAAGCAGCAGGUGCUUACAGACAAUGAGCAGUUGAAGCUGCAGCUGGAAGAGGUGAAGAGGGAGCAGACGAAGGCAGAACAGUGGAGAAAGAAUUUCACUCAGCUGAAGGAGGCUUACACCCUACAUGUAAAAGAUUCUGAGGAGAAAAUCAAGAAUAAUAAGGAGGAGAUGAAGAACCUUUGCGGCAGUCUGUCAGCUGCUGAGGAAGCCCUGGCUGCCAAGCAACAGAAGAUAGAUGAGAUGAAAGUGGAGAUCUUCAAAAAGGAGCAGGAGCUGGAGACCAUCUCUUUGUUCAAAGCCCAGGCAGAGGUGUACUCUUCAGACUUCUAUGCAGAGAGAGCAGCUCGGGAGAAGAUCCACGAGGAGAAAGAGCGCUUGAUGGAGGAGCUCGAGCUUUUGAAGGAGCAGAACUGCAGACUGCAGGAGGAGAUGGAGGGUCUCGGCAGGCAAUCCCUGAAUGAGCUCCAGCGUCGACACAAGGCAGACAUUGUCCACCCGCGGGGGGUCGCAACACUGCUCAGCUCACAAAGAGCUGGAGAGCCAGUAAGCCAAGGUGGAGCAGACCUGGGUCCAGACGAGGAGCCCCUGACCGAAUACAUCUGCCCAAAAUGCCAGGGAGUCCAUCCUGAUCUGGACAGCCUCCAGAUCCACAUCAUGGAAUGCAUCACCUGAGCCUUUGAGCCAGCAGUUCUCUGGUACUCCAAGCCCAACUCCCACCAUUGGAAAGAAGAGUAUGUUUAUCAGCACUCGCUGUUUGAAGGCCUCUGCAAAACCUCAAUACAGGGUUUCUAAAUCUUAACAAUGGGUUUCUCAAUGGCACUUUGACCAAUGUUUUUCCUCUAGUGUCCAGUUAUGUUUUUUUUUUUUCUAGGCCAGGCAGAAUGUGAUGAAGUAUAUGUUGAAAAUAAGCUGUUAAGAUAUACUGAAAAAGGGUAUUUUGAAAGCACAUCUCUGCAUAAAAGUUCUGCUAGAAUGUGAUUGAUUCCUUGCUACACAGGGUUAAUUUGUUCUCUGAAGUCACUCUAUCAGGUACAUUUUUGUUAUUAUGGAUCAAAUUACUGUUAUCUCUUAAGGCAAAAAAUGUAGUAGGCUCCUUUGGAAAACAGUGUCACCUGAAAUUAAAAUGAACCAAAAAAAAAAGUCUUUUAUGUAGGACAAUAGUAACACUGCCAAACUUUGUUACAGAUAUUACCAAAAUAAGUUUACAUUUAUUUGCUUAGCAGACACUUUUCUCUGAAGUGAC